CCCGUUAUAUGCUCAGCAGCAACCCUUGCGCACGCCAUAUCCGACUAUCAAUCUCUCAUACCGUGGUUACGCAUGCGCGACCGUCGUCGAAUAGUAGUCCCGUGGUUCGCCCGGUGGUUCACGCUGAAAUCAAGGGGGGAGCUAGCUCUUGUCACGACAAUUGCUGGUGGGUGCAUCGCACAGAAGAGUGCAUCUGGAUGGGGACGUCAGAAGUAUCUACAUGGGGCACUGUUCGCUUCUUGGCAUCUCAUAGUCGCUUUGGAUAUUGGACGCUGCGCGAGGAAAAUUCUUCACGAGCGCACGGAUACAAGGGGCGCAUUGCGGCUGUUCCUUCGGUAUCAUGCUUUCAGGAUUUUGACAGCAGACGUCCCUGCUUUUUUCUGUUUUUUGGAGGCGCUCAGGCAUGCUACUACAUCAAUGAUUUACCGCACAUUUAUUACUCGCUGA